GGAAGAACCGUGAACUAUGGAAGGCCUCUCUGGAUUGGCUGGGCUAGCCCAGGAAUAAGGAGAGCCCUCUUUCUGGCGGUGGGGAAGGGACGGCGGCGAUUGGCGGACGCUCCUGGUAGAAGAGCGCGGAUUGGUCAGGCCCGGAGCAGGAGGCGGGGCUGAGAGCCCAGCAGUGGUGGCGGUGGCGGCUGCGGAGCGACCGCGCUGCAGGUCCCGGCAGGGCGAGGCAAGAUGGAGGUGACAGGGGUGUCGGCACCCACAGUGACCGUUUUCAUCAGCAGCUCCCUCAACACCUUCCGCUCAGAGAAGCGGUACAGCCGCAGCCUCACCAUCGCUGAGUUCAAGUGUAAACUGGAGUUGCUGGUGGGCAGCCCUGCUUCCUGCAUGGAACUGGAGCUGUAUGGUGUUGAUGACAAGUUCUACAGCAAGCUGGAUCAAGAGGAUGCGCUGCUGGGCUCCUACCCUGUAGAUGACGGCUGCCGCAUCCACGUCAUUGACCACAGCGGUGCCCGCCUUGGUGAGUAUGAGGACGUGUCUCGGGUGGAGAAGUACACGAUCUCACAAGAAGCCUACGACCAGAGGCAAGACACGGUCCGCUCCUUCCUGAAGCGCAGCAAGCUCGGCCGCUACAACGAGGAGGAGCGGGCUCAGCAGGAGGCCGAGGCCGCCCAGCGCCUCGCCGAGGAGAAGGCCCAGGCCAGCUCCAUCCCCGUGGGCAGCCGCUGUGAGGUGCGGGCGGCGGGGCACUCCCCCCGUCGGGGCACCGUCAUGUAUGUAGGUCUCACAGAUUUCAAGCCUGGCUACUGGAUUGGUGUCCGCUAUGAUGAGCCACUGGGGAAAAACGAUGGCAGUGUGAAUGGGAAACGCUACUUCGAAUGCCAGGCGAAGUAUGGCGCCUUUGUCAAGCCAGCAGUCGUGACGGUGGGGGACUUCCCAGAGGAGGACUACGGGUUGGACGAGAUAUGACACCCAAGGAAUUCCACUGCUCCAGCUCCUAACUCGGCCACUGACUGCCCCUCCUGUGUGUGCCCAUGGUCCUUUUCUUCUGACCCCAUUUUAAUUUUAUUCAUUUUUUCCUCUGCCAUUGAUUUUUGACACUCGUGCAUUAAAUUCCCUAGAAACCC